UGAAGGAUCACGUGACACUGUUGUCAGGUAGCAGCAUGGCGGACUCGCAUGUGGAGCCUCUUCACAGACUGCAUUGCUUAUCCAGCUAACCCCACUGUCAGAAAAAAAAAAACCUCUUCAAAGCCGGUGAAGCCCGAGUCGACGGCAGAAUGGAGGAGGAAAACAAACUGCAGUUCCCGUCUCUGCCCGCUACCAAGGAGGAGCUUCUGGACUGGGCUUAUCCGAUGAGGAGAGAAAUGCAGGAGAUUUUACCUGGACUGUUUUUAGGGCCCUAUUCUGCUGCAAUGAAAAGCAAGCUGCCAGCUCUUGAGAGACACGGCAUAACGCAUAUAGUUUGUGUUCGCCAAGACAUUGAAGCCAAUUUUAUCAAACCCAAUUUCUCGCAUAGAUUUAGAUAUCUUGUUUUAGAUAUUGCUGACAAUCCAGUAGAAAAUAUAAUUCGCUUUUUUCCUACGACUAAAGAGUUUAUUGACAGCUGCUUGGCGACGGAGGGAAAGGUACUCGUUCACGGUAAUGCAGGGAUAUCGAGAAGCGCUGCCUUAGUGAUUGCCUACCUUAUGGAAACGUUUGGGAUGAAAUACAGGGAUGCAUUCAGCUACGUUCAGGAGAGGAGAUUUUGCAUCAACCCAAAUGUAGGGUUUGUCCACCAACUCCAGGAAUAUGAAGCUAUCUACCUGGCCAAAUUGACCAUUAAAAUGAUGUCACCAAUGCAGUUGGGCAGGUCUUUCUCUCUACAAGCUGGGAUGGCAGGAAGCCGCAAACGCAGCCUGGAGGAGGAUGAAGAUUUUGGAGCAAUGCAGGUCACAGCAACACAGAACGGCUGAGCUUUAUGGACUUCAAGCUGUGUGGCACAGUGCACUCUUUUUCUUUUUUUUUCUCUCCAUGUUUUUUACAUUUUUAAUGGGAUUAAAAAUGUAAAUAUUUGAAAUUUUUCUAAGGGGAUGGGGUAGAGGGUGGGAGGACGAGUUACUCAUGUCUGAGACAUGGAGUACUGAUGAACAAUGGUCAAAUUGGAUAACUUGUUUUUUUUCUGAGCAGAAUGCACUGAAAGUUUUUUUUUUGUUUGUUUGUUUUUUUGCAGUUUUAUAGUAUUUAAGCAUUUUGCAUUUGCAGCGGGACAGUAUUGCAAUAAUGCACUUUGAAUACUUGAAUUAGUGAAGAUGACCUGAUUGGGGAUGUCUGCAAAAGGGAGUGGAGCCAAGAUGUCGCCCAGCAGGUGACAUAAGGAGUAGCUAUGCCUUUAUUUCAGGAGUAAUGAGGUCGUGGACUAAUUCGGCCUGAUGUGUGGGACAGUCAAGAACACAAAACUGCUAAAACACUGCUUAAUAAAAUAAGUCCAGAGUACUGUA